AUUGACUAUAGAAUAUACUUGUGCUGCUCUGGGCAGACACCCGUGUAUAUAUAGCCCGAGGGUUUCUACCGCUGUUCUCUCGAUAUCAUCCAACCCAACAUCAUCUUCGUCGUUCUUCUCCAUCGCACGAAAUAUACCCUCUUCACUUCACAGGGCCCCAAGGACCCAGAUCUCGACUCUACGAAGCCGCGAACCCAAUACACACCCGUGACGAAAAUGCCGACCGCAACCGCCAGAGUCGGCGACAAGGUCAUCGCCUCCUCGUCCAGCUACCAAACCGUCGAGGGCAACGUGUACUUCCCGCCGUCGGCGCUGGCGGACCCGUCGAUGCUGGCGUCGUCCACCACGCACUCGACGUGCCCGUGGAAGGGCAAGGCGAGCUACUACGACGUCACGGUGGACGGCAGGACGCUCAAGGACGCGGCGUGGUAUUAUCCCGCGCCCAAGGACAAGGCCACGCACAUCAGGGACCACGUCGCGUUUUAUACUAGCAAGGUCCAUGUGUCUGUGGCGUGAAAGAACGGACGUACGUGGUGUUCGAGGACGGUCGGAGGGAGGGGGAGAACACUACGGAGCACACACAUACAUAUGUAUGCGGUCUUCGCCUGUGAUGUGAAAGGUUUGGGUCCAGGAGAAAGUCCACAAUAAAGGAGCGCGAGAGGCUGUUUCUCACAGUUUGAAUGCCAUGUUCCUCGACCUAGUUUCACGUCUUUCAUACCCAGAUCGCUUUCCGGCCUCCUGGAACAAUGCCAUUUUCCUCGGGUUUCUCAUGCUUCUGGGGCUAAUCGCGACACGUCGCCGUAUUUCCC